CUUGGGUGACGUCAGUGUCCCGGCCGGUUCUGCUCAUUCCUGAGUGCUUAGUGUCAGACCCACUCAGCGUACUGUACAUACUCCGCGCAGCAGUGACCCUGCUCAUUGACGAUUUGCUAGCUCUCUUCGUCCAAGCAAGGACGCCUUUCAACACGUCGAAGGGAGAAAAGGGUUUUGCAACAGAUAAAGAAGAACACGACAGCGGAGGAAUCUGUUCUGCCAUUUUUGCUUUCUCUCCACAAACAAAAGCGUCCAACGCCCGGAGAAGAGAAAAGGUAAAGAUGUCAACCUCGAAGAAAUUCAGCAACGACCAGAUUCCAGACCUUAGCGGCAAAGUCGCGCUCGUCACUGGUGGCAAUGGGGGCAUCGGCCUUGAGACGGUUCGACAGCUAGCUCUGCAUGGCGCAAAGGUCUACAUGGCCUCGCGCACCCAGUCCAAGGCUGAAGAUGCCAUCAAGGCGCUCAAGUCUGAACACAAGACGAUCGGCGAGAUGGAGUUCAUCUCCCUCGACCUCAACUCCAUCGACGCGGGCAUCAAGUGCGCAGAGGAGUUUGCACAGCGCGAAUCCAGGCUCGACAUUCUCAUCUGCAACGCCGGCGUCAUGGCCGUCGACUACAAGCUGACAGAGGACGGCAUUGAGCAGCAGUUCCAGUCGAACCACUUGACGCACUUUGUCCUUUUCCAAAAGCUCGUCCCGCAGCUUGAGCAGGCUGCCAGGUCCAGUGGUCACCCGAGCCGCGUCAUCCAGCUGUCUUCGGUCGCACACAAGUUCAUUACCUACAACCCCUUCCUCUCGCCUGACUUUACCAGCAAGCAGGCCGUCAACCGCAAGAUGGGCCUAUCUGAGCUGGGCAAGUACAUGCGCUAUUCGCAGUCGAAGCUCGCCGCCCUCCUCACGGCGCGUGAGAUCAACCGUCGCUACCCAAGGGACCUCAUUCGCGCUUCAGCCGUUCACCCGGGCUUUGUGGCAUCCAACCUGUACAAGAACACGCCAUUGGCCCCCUUUGCGCCCUAUCUCUUUAUUUCCUCUGCUGACGGGGCCUUAGCAAGCCUGUACUGCGCCACGAGCCCUGAGAUCGAGCAAAAGAAUAGUUGGUGAGCCUUCUCCACUGUCUUGUCAACAACGCUGCCCUUCAAAUCAUCUAACGCUUACGUCCGCCUUCUCCCUCCAGGGACCAAUACAGAGUCUCGUACGCCCUUCCCAAGGACAGCUC